AUGAUCUCCGCUUUCUCCCCGCUCUUGGCUCGGCCUAACUUGGCUCGGCCUAACUUGGCUCGGCCUAACCUGCCUCUGAGGAAGCCUUUGUCCAGUCCCACGGCUCCAUGUGGGGCUGGACCGACCUCACCUGAGACUGUCAGCAACUCUGGAGGCACUGCUGUGACUCCACCUACCAACAGAGAAAACACAAUUCAUUCAGACACAACCAGCAUCCAGAGAGUAUACAUGAGAGACUUACCCACAAGAGCGAUCAAAGGAACAGAAAUGGAGGCGUCAGUCGUGGAGGUUUAUAGCCCUGGACGUUUCUUUGUCAUUCCCCAAAACAAAGAGAACCUUGAGGGUUUGAAGUCCAUCACCAAAGAGCUCCAGAUAAACUUCAGCAUCCCCACGGCGCUGCUACACACCCCCCACGUGGACGAGGUGUGCGCCGUGCAGUACUCCUGCGACAAGAACUGGUACCGUGGUCUGAUCCAAAGUGUGGCUGUGGACAAAAACACAGCUCAUGUCCUUUAUAUAGACUUUGGCAACGAGGAGGAAGCCCCCUUUGUGAGAAUAAAACCUUUGACAGCCGAACUACAGCAGUUCAGCCCCUGUGCGAUUGAGUGCUGUAUGGCUCUAGUCCCCGCUGCUGAGUCUUGGUCGGAUCAGUGUUGUAUAUCGUUACGGCAGCUGGUGGAAGGAAAGGUAUUCACCAUAAAAGUGACAAAUGCUUUGAGCGGUCGAAUGCUCGAGGUCGAGGUGGUGCUCUCCAAUGGAACUCCUCUGAGCUCCUUUCUUCUGGAGCGUGACUAUGCAACGAAGAGAACCAUCAACACGGCACCGACUGAAGAGGACAUAGCUGCGAUGGAGAGUGCAUCUCUGGAUAACUAUAAACGACUCUCCUCCGGCAAAGACGCCAACCUGUGGGCCCGGGUCCCGGAGCCGCUCACCGUGGCUCUGGGCCAGUCCUUCUUGGUCGUGGUCUCGCACUUUCAAACGCCUGAAAAGAUUGUGGUACAAAAAGUGGACAAUGCGAGAGUGGUCCAGGAUCUGCAGUUUAAGCUCAAAGAUCACUGCAACAAACUGCCAGAGUCCAGUCAUUUCAGACCUGCUCCUGGGACUGUGUGCUGCGCCAUGUUCUCUGAGGACAAGCAGUGGUACCGGGCUAAGAUUCUGGCCUAUCCUUCAGAAGAUCGAGUGUGUGUCGGUUACUUGGAUUUUGGAAACUCUGAAGAUGUAGAAUUGAGCAGUUUGCGUCCCAUCUCCCAGUCUCUCCUGGACACACCCAUGCAGGCCAUGACGUGUGGUCUUGUUGUGCAGCCGACGGGAGAGAGUUGGUCCAAAGAUUGCCUGGAGGCCCUGCAGAAAAGGAUUGGCAAUCGUAUUCUGCGUGUUGUGAUCCUUGGGGCUCAUGAAGGGAAGGCGUUGGUGUCGAUAGUUGAUGAGGUGAGCGACCCACAGGCCAACAUGGCGGAGCUGCUGAUCUCUGCUGGGUACGCUGUAGCUGCUUCUGUCGCUAACGGAAACCAUCCAUCAACGGAGACGCCACUUCCUGCUCCUGAUGUGCCAGAGCCGCUGCUGUGGACGUCUGUGGAGAUUUCUACUUCUCAGAGACUGCGGCUGCGAUCCUGUCGUGUGGAGAGUCCUGGCAAGUUCUUCUGCCGCGUUGACAAUCCAAGAGAUAUUGAGCUGUUAACGGCACUAGAAGAAGAGAUGAAGACUUACUUUGAGACGGAGGCUUCAGCUUAUGAUCCAAACGUGGGAGAACCUUGCUGUGCCUUCGUCCCCGUCUCUGUGUUUGCAGAAAAUGGGAAAUGCUUUCGGGCUGUGGUGAAGCAGGUGUGUGAGGACGGGGCUGUGGUUGCUCUCGCAGACUACGGCGAUUGUUUGAGUUUGAAGAAAAGAAACUUGAGAUGCAUCACAGCAAAGUACCUGAGCCUGCCCUUCCAGGCCGUGCCGUGCUGGCUGGCAGGUGUGGAGCCGCUGGGUUCAGAGUGGAGCAGUGAGGCGCUGCUGUGGUUCAUGUCUCUGGUGGAGGGCGAGGCGCUGGCGGCUCGUGUGCUCUCAGUCACUGACGAUGGAUACGGUCUGGAGCUGCAGAGCAAAGGCCUCAGUGUGGCGGCUGCACUCAUCUCAGAGAACAUGGCCAAACGUCCCGGAGAGACUGGGAUCCAAGUCACCUCCUGCUUCCCUGACUCACAGAAUGACCCAGUGUUGGAACAAACGCCCGAAGAUCCAGCUCCGUCUCCGCCCGAGGAGUCAUUUCCGGUGGACUGGAAAACCGCGGUGUUGCCGGUUAAUGAGACCUUUAAACCUUGUGUAGCUGCAGUUUCCAACCCGUCUCUUUUCUACAUCAUCGCCCCUAAUCAAGUCGACGAAGAGCAGCUGAAGGGACUGAUGCUGGAGUUGGCUGGAUACUGCGUCAGUCGUGGUUCUCAGGCCUCAGCUCCCGUCACCCACAGACCUGCUGUAGGAGCCGCCUGCUGCGCCCGCUUCUCCGCCGACAAUAACUGGUACCGGGCCGUGGUUCUGGAGGUCUGUGGGGGCGUGGCCUCAGUCGUUUAUGUGGAUUAUGGGAAUUCUGAGACUGUGCCUCUGUCUCACAUCUUUCCCAUCACGGACUCUCUGCUCCAGCUUCCUUUUCAAGUCACUCGCUGCGCUCUCGUGGGUAAAGAGAACUUCCCGGAGCAGUGGUCCGAGGCCCUGCUGAAGGUCUUCAUCAGUACAAUACAGCAGGAAGUCGUUGCCACGGUUACGGCCUUCGAUGGCUAUGCUAACGUUCUGUCGUUAGCCCUGCCCCCGGCGAGCGGUGGCGGGCUGGUGGAGGCCAUGGUUCUCAACGCUCUCCGGGCAGAGGCUCCGCUUUCUGUAGGAACGGACAGCGUGGAAUCAGAAGAUUCUUCCAGAGUCCCAGCCCUCACCCCAGUCCCGGUCCCAGCCCUCACCCCAGUCCCGGUCCCAGUCCUCACCCCAGUCCCGGUCCCAGCCCUCACCCCAGUACCAGCCCUCACCCCAGUCCCGGUCCCAGCCCUCACCCCUGCUCCGGCCCCGGUCCCAGCCCUCACCCCUGCUCCGGCCCCGGUCCCAGCCCUCGCCCCAGUCCCGGUCCCAGCCCUCACCCCAGUCCCAAUCCUUGCCCCGGUCCCAGCCCUCGCCCCUGCUCCGGCCCCGGUCCCAGCCCUCGCCCUCGCUCCAGUCCCUAUGAACCAGAUGGAGCGACUGGAGCAGAAGUUGGAGCAGAUCGUUCAGCUCCUGCAGCAGAUCCUGCAGCGGCCUCACAUCAUUUAG